UUAUGAUUACUAUGCACCACAAUGGAAACAGUUGGAAGCGGGGGACACGUGUUAAUAAAAACACUUUUUUGCAGAUCUCCAAAUCAACGCAGAAUUUACCUGUAUAACGAUGCAAAGUUGCCUUAAGUUCGUGCAUUCUUUAAUAUGAAAAUAUUUAAUACAUGCAUAUGUAACUUGCAAAUUUUCAUGACGCAUCGUACCCACUACUCUGAGACAUUGUGCAGAAAAUGAUUUCGCAAAGGUUUACUUGUUACUAAUUUAGUUUACAUGGAACCACGUGACAGUAUAGAAACUAUUAGAAACACACGCUCACUCCAUAGCACCCCUGAAUCUAUACAAAUAGUUCAGCAACCUGUAACCACAUGAAGGUUGUGAAAAUCAAACAGAUUGUGAUUUAUGCAAUUCAAUAAAAUGGGGAAAACUUGUUGCUGCACGUUACAACAGGGAACCGCUAUCAUUGGGACUCUUUGUAUUGUUGGGAGCAUCCUUACCGUUAUAGUGAAUUCUUUCUGGAUCAAUACCAUCGUCAGCAAUGAACGCAUUAAGCCGCAGAAACAUUACGGUCUUUUCCUCAUCCUCCCUUGUAUCGGGAUUGUCUCGGGCGUCGUGAGCUUUAUCCUGGGUUCUCUCAUGGUGUACGGAUCUAUCAUUCGCAAUCGCCGCUUCAUCAUCCCGUGGUUGGUGUGCAGCUAUGUUAUCGUUGUACUACUCCUGGUCGUGGGAGCGAUGGGGACGUUUAAUGUCGUCUUUUAUGGAGAGAUGGAUCAUGUCGAACAAGUUUUCCUCGUCAUCUUCAGUGGGAUUAUCCAGACAUAUUUUAUUUCCGUUGUGAACAGAUUCGUCACAGAAUUGAAAGCAGAAGCGGAUAAUUGAAGUGUUAGCAAAAUAGAAAUUGGAACUCAAACCAUGUUCAGACCAGAUUAUUUUUGGCUAUUUUAGUUUGAAGGGCAACUCCUUGGAACAUUUAGUCCGGCACUUGCGCAGAUGUGAACAAUUUAGUAACUUUUGGUCCCCACCAAGUUCGCAGAGACGAUCGGUUCUCCGAUGACUUGCUGCGCUAAAAGCUUGCUAAAUUUUUCGAAUCUACGCAAGUCUAGCACUAAAUGUUGUUUUAAGGAGUUGCUCUUUUAACUUGACAUCAUCAUUACUUUUCGAUAGAUACGAUCUGCCAAGUUGCAAAAUUUUAUAAUUUAAAAAUUUCCUCAUCUGCGGGUGAUAAUAUUGAUAUGAUAUUAUGAUAAUAAUUUAUAAACAAACCUGUAAAAAUAAAUUACCCAAAACUA